CCGGACGCCGGCAGCAUGAGUCAGCAGCGGCCGGCCCGGCGGCUGCCCAGCCUGCUGCUGGACCCGGCCGAGGAGCCGGUGCGCCGCCGCUGCCGGGACCCCAUCAACGUGGACAGCCUGCUGCCAUCAAAAAUAAGGAUUAACUUAGAAGAUAACGUGCAGUACGUGUCCAUGAGAAAAGCUCUAAAAGUGAAGAGACCUCGUUUUGAUGUGUCACUGGUUUAUUUAACUAGAAAAUUUAUGGAUCUUGUCAGAUCUGCUCCUGGGGGUAUUCUUGACUUAAACAAGGUUGCAACCAAACUGGGGGUGCGGAAACGGAGAGUGUAUGACAUCACCAACGUCCUCGACGGAAUCGACCUGGUGGAGAAAAAGUCCAAGAACCACAUUCGUUGGAUAGGAUCUGACCUUCACCAUCUGGGAGCAGUACCCCAGCAGAAGAAGCUGCAGGAGGAGCUGUCCGACCUGUCGGCGAUGGAGGAGGCUUUGGACGAGCUGAUUAAGGACUGCGCCCAGCAGCUGUUUGAGCUGACGGACGACAAAGAGAACGAGAGGCUGGCGUACGUGACCUGUCAGGACAUCCACAGCAUCCAGGCCUUCCAGGAGCAGAUUGUGAUCGCUGUGAAAGCUCCGGCGGAAACCAGGCUGGACGUGCCGGCUCCCAGAGAGGACUCGGUCACGGUGCACAUCAGGAGCACCAAGGGGCCCAUCGACGUGUACCUAUGCGAGGUGCAGCAGGACCCCCCGAGCAGGAAGGCUUCCAGAAGCAAGGGUCCGGAGCGCCCAGAGCAAGAAGAAAAUCCUCCCCAGCAAGGGGAAGCGUCGCUCGAGGCAAGCAACUGACGGUGUUUGCGAAUUCACGGACUGCGCCGUCGCGAGCGUCCCAGAUGGUUAACUGCGUCACGUCCGAGCAAUAAAUCCUCCCCGACGUGCGCUCCGCACAGCAUCCGGCCGCGGUGCCGCUGCGCAGGCCACUGCCCAGGUUGCUGGGUGAUCACGGUUUCUGCAUCCGGUGACUCAGUGACGUGGGCAUCUCGCCUCCGUGACACGCCCUCCCCCCAAGGGAGGAAGAGGUUGCCUGACGCUGCUUCGUGUGUGUGCUCACGAAUCUAACUGUGGCCCCUGCAGAUCUGUAUAACGGCGAAGUCUCACGAGCUCUGUCCAGGUGACGCGUCUCACCCUUGUACAGCCCAGGUAACGCGCACGCGGGCAGUGGCAGACAGGCACUAGCUCGGGGCUCUAACUGGCUAGGCCCCUCUGGGCGCGGGUUACAGGAGAGCUUUCCCCGGCUUCUGCGUGUGGAAGGGCCAUGGCUGUGCUCCACGUUUGAGUCCGCGGGUUUAAUGAAAGUGUUUUAAUACGGAGCCCAGUGUGCACACUGGACGCAGACAGCGGCUGACCUCAGGCUGCUGCAGAGUGCCUGUGUCCCAGCGGCUCGUGGUGCAGGUUGGAAGCCGAGCUGUUCUGCAGACCGGCUCUGUGCACUGUUCUGUACUCCGCCGGGCACAGUGAUGCCCCGCCCCCUCAGCCCCGGCCCCGCCCAUCCAGAACCUGGCUCUUCUACCUCAUGGGGCGAGUCACCCCUGUGCCUCAGCUUGCUCAGUCGUUGGCCACUCUACUGUGAGCCCCCAAGGGCCUUUGUCACCGUCAUCGUCCGUCCCAGCGCCGGGCAGAGUGCUCCCUGUGUGUCUGAGCCGGCAGAGGGAGGGUUAGUGACGCCUGCCCGCGGCAGGUGUGUGUGCUGAGCUCUGCUGGCGCAGGGGUUAGCACCACAGCGUCCACGCACACCCUUUCACAAGAAGUGGUUUAAAACGAGCCAGAGGAAAGCACAGGGGCGCUGCUCAUCAUCAGUGGGCUAGCUGGUGACUUUUUUUUCUUUUUAUAGUAUAGGAACGACGGGUAUAGGGUGAACGAGUUUUAGGCUUAAUAAAAGUGAGGAUUUGGGCAAGGAGUUUGUGUGUCAGUCGAUGUCCACCGCGUGUAUUGGGCUGCACAGAUUCAAGUUCAGGUUCUGUGUGAGAGUUCAUACUGGGGUCGUGUCGAGAGAAUGCAGGGCAGGGGGGUGUCCAGACAGCAGGGGGCACUGCCGAGCCCGGGAGUCCUGCUUCCGGUGGCUGUGGGGUCGCGCGGGAGCGUGCGGGCAGCAGUCCCCUGCGUGUUCGUGUCUUCUGUAAAUGAACAUCUUGCCACCCUG